GCCCAGGUAGGUUACUGUAGAAAGAAAUCACAAAGCACGGGAGAUCCGGCGAAUCAUCUUCCCUCCCAUUUCAUCUCGUCUCAUCUGUUCUUCGUGUGGUGAUGUUGAAAGCACGAGUCCCCCCGACGACAUCGCCAUCGCUGUCCCUUUCGGACUGAGUUCCACGACGACGGUGGGUAUGAGUGGUGGCGCUGUUUCACCAUUGGAGUGACCUCCCUCCCUCCCUCCCGCUCCUGCUCCGCUUCCCCUCCACGCCUUGGACUCCACCGAUGCUCCGGCACCUCUUCCGCUCUCUCAGUCGUGGCGGACGGAGAGCUGACAACGACGACCCGCGCGAGACAUGGCCGGCUCAAUCCCCCGGCGUCUCACCCUCCCAUCGCCCAUUCCGUGACGCCGAUGAUGACGACGACGACGAUGAUGACGAGAACGACGACGAUGAAGAACAAGAGCAGGAUUACGCGCAUGGCCCCGGCACCCGACGUGGUAGGUACGGCGCCUACGAUGCGCGUGGGAACGAACAUCCCCGAGGCGAGGUAGCACAAGAGGAUGGCCGCCGGAGACAAUUCCCACGACGCCAUCUCGGCGCAGGUCCGUCCUACUUUGACCGAAACCCGAGAGGAGACGACGACGGACACGGCGGGAACGGCGAAGAGCUCGGUGACGAGGACCAGGGAGAGGAUGCACCGCUCUUGCCCAUUUUCUCGGCGGCACAUCUCGACGGUCUGCCGUUGUACAACAUCACCCACGCCAUCCGCUUGUUGAUCGUCCAGCGGUGUGAGACGACGCUGUCAUGGGAUCAGCUCCGGAGUCCGCAGAUCAGUCAAUUCCUCGUCAAGCCCAUCCAGAGCGAGAUCCGGAAAGAUCACUUCAAUCGGGCCACCCUAUGUGCCCUGAUAGCCAAUUGCUUGCAAUUCCACAAGGAGGGACAAACACAUCCCGGGAAUGUCGGAGUCCUGCGCACUCGAGCGCUGGUCAGCGAGCUCCUCUCCAUGCGCCUGCUGCGGGAGUUUUCGACGUGGGAAUUGAUCGACGCCUUAUCCUACGACUUCAACCCGCUCCAGGGCAUGAUCGCGCUGGACGACGUGCCGGCCGCCGGACGUGCCGCCAACACGGACAGUCUGAUCAGUCGUCGACCCGCGCCGCGCAUCGUCCGCGUCAGCACCAUCGAGGUCGCCAUUCGCGCCGAAGCCAAACGCUUCCUCGCCCAUCCGCUCGUCGUGCAGCACCUGGAGGCCAUCUGGUCGGGCAAUAUCGUAUUCCACUCGGAACAGGAUAACCUCCAUCGCCAGCAGAAGACGACGGCGUCGCUCUCGCCUCGCGCCCGGGCGGCCGAUUAUGGCACUUCCGGAAAAAGAGCCGCUUGGGGCGUCCCAACCAUUGCUCUGACCGCGAGCAAGGGCCAAUCCACCGAGGUAGCAGCUCAGCCGAUGGCAUUCUUGCCAGCUCGACGUUCGGUCACGCUCUACGACCCGCGAGAUGCCUCCCUAUUCAAACUGAGUCGACUACGGGUCCCGCGAUACCGUCAAGUCUUCAGCACGCUGAGCUUCGCGACCAUGCUGGUGCUCUUCGUCGCCGUCCUCAGCGAACGCAGCUUGGACAUCACGCCGCUGGAGGUUCUCUUCUGGUUAUGGAGCGCAGGAUAUAUGCUCGAUGAAGUGGUGGGCUUCACCGAACAGGGCUUCGGACUGUAUAUCCUCAGCUUCUGGAAUGCGUUCGAUCUCGGGAUUUUGCUCCUCUUCGCGACCUACUACUGCCUGCGAUUAUACGGCGUCCUCCUCGCGGACAGCAACAAACAUCGCAUCUCUGGGGUCGCAUACGAUGUGCUGGCCUCGACGGCCAUCUUGCUCUUCCCGCGGCUGUUCGGCGUCUUGGACCACUACCGAUAUUUCUCCCAAUUGCUCAUCGCCUUUCGAUUGAUGGCCCAAGAUCUCAUCGCCAUUCUGGUGCUGAUUUUGAUCUUCUGUUCGGGCUUCUUCGUCGCCUUCACCCUGGCUUUCUCCGACGAGAACAUAGACGCGAACGGGGUCGCCUACAUCAUCUUCCAGAUCGUCAUGGGCUUCACCCCCGCCGCGUGGGACCACUGGGCUGGAUACAACCUCCUCGGGAAAGCCAUCAUGGCCAUAUUUCUGAUCAUCUGUCACUUCCUCAUCGUGACGAUCCUCAUCACCGUUCUGACCAACAGCUUCAUGGCGAUCGUCAAGAACGCCGAAGAAGAGCAUCAGUUCCUCUUCGCCAUCAAUACCAUAUCCAUGGUGAAGUCGGAUGCGUUGUUUAGCUACGUCGCGCCCGCCAACAUCAUCGGGUGGGUCCUGAGCCCGAUCCGCUUCAUCGUGCCCAUGUCGCGAUAUGUCAAGUUCAAUCGGACCAUCAUCAAGUUCACCCACAGUCCGAUCCUGUUCGUCAUCUUCCUCUAUGAACGAGUCAUCAUGGCCCGGAGCUCAUAUGCCCCGACCGAUCUCGUCGAGCACCAGCCGACCCGACAAAAGGGCCCCGUGGCUUUCAGCAUAAACAAGGCGCCCGAGAUGUUCAGCCCGGGUCAUCGCAUGCGCGAACCAUCCAUCAUCGGGAUCCGCAAAGACCGUGCGCUAGAAGAGGUCUUCCGACGGCCGUUCCAGGGCGAUACCGUCCGAACUCUGCCGCGCAAAGUGGGCAGCGACGGUCGGGAUAACUCGAAGAGCGUCGUCGACACCUGGAUGCAGUUUGCUGAAACUCAAGGUGGGGCCAGUCCUCCGCUUGAACAGCCUCGGAGUGUACUUGAGCGGCUGGAGUACCGCAGACCCAAGCCACGACGCUUGACGACGACGGAACGUCUGCGUCAACAGUUGAAGCGACCUCGAGGUGUAAAUAAUGACAAUACAAGCGCGACGAGCGACCCCGAUGGACAGCAUCAUCAACAGCAGCAGCAAGCAAUGCCUCGUGCGCGGCCCUCGCGCUCAUCAAUGCCUGGCACCGAUUCGCACCGGGAAUUAAUUCCCAGACUGGCCAGCCGAGAGGAAAGUCCCAGCGGCAUGACCCAACCCGGGGAGACGGAUGGCGACGAUGUCGAUGCCGACAACGAGAGCCGCAUGGAGCUCUCAUCGGUCAGUGCCGCGCCUCAUUUCGGCGAGAGCGCCGUCUCCAUCCGCGAACGCGAUGCUACCUCGCCGAUACUCGAUGACAGUGAAUCCGAAUACUUCCGCACCCCUCUCACCAAUCGUGUCCCACAUCCGACCCUGCGGCUGUCUCAUGCCGCGCGUGCGCGACUGCGCGAUUCGCCCGACGCCUCGAUGGCGGACGUCAGCAGGGUAGAGCCAAGGAGCGCGCGACACAGCCGGAACACGUCCAGCGCGACGAUGGUCUAUUCUCCCGUCCUGUCACAUCACCCGCGGCCCGCGUCACAACAGCAAGCCCAGCCGGACGCCGAUGGAUCCCUCCGGACACGCUCCUCCCACACGUCGCCUACGCGACCAGCGGUCGAGACUCACACGACCACAUCAUCGACUCCCGUCUCGCCUCCUCCUCCGGGCUCAGCUCAACAGCCGACUUCCAACACCUCAUCCGCGAAGCGUCCCCCCACGGCCAUCAAACAGUUCCCAUCGGACCCGAUAAACACCGCAAACAAGACCUCCGGUCCUCCCCGUCCGUCACCACCGAAACGCCCCACCGUCACGACCACCACCGCGUUCGCCACGGGCACCGCCUCCAGCGCCGCGACCCCGACCGCCGCCUCCAUCGCCGCACAGCAAUCCCAGCUACAAAAACAGCAGCAGCAGCAGCAACAACAGCAGCAAAGACCCCCCUUCUUCCCGACGCGCCUGCAGACCGCCCCGCCGGGGAGUCUCCCGCUCUUCACCUCCGGGUCCCCCGCCGCCGCCGGCCCGACGCCCCCGACGACCCGCCGCCCCGCGCAGAACCGCGCCGGCCGCAGGAUCCCCAUACUCGACCUCGCCUCGGAGAUCGGCGACAACAAAUUCUCCCACGUCCCCGCCGCCGACCUGCCCCGCCCCAGCUUCUCCUCCACCGGCUCCGGCACGCGCUUGAGGGCCGUCGGCUUCCUGCGGAGGCAGCGGGAGCGGGAGCGGGAAAAGGAGGGCGUCAUGGGCUUCCGAUUCCCAGCGACGAAAGCCGCCGUCGGCGGUGGUCCUGGAGCGGCGAUCCGCGGGAAACGCGGGGACGACGACGACGACGAUGAUGAUGACGACGAGGGCGUCGUGGACGUCGACGAGGGCGAGGAUGAGGCAGAGGAGCGGGACGACGACGACGACGACGACGAAAGCACGCGCCGAUCCGACCGCCGCCUCUCCAGGAUCCUCCUCGCCAGGAUGAACACCCUCGAACUCGGCUUCGCGGAAAUCCUCAAGGAGAUGCGCGAGGCGAACCGGAACAACGGUCAUAACGGUAAUAAUAGUAAGAAGGAGGGGGCGGCGGCGGGAUGAUCGCACGACGCUGCUCGGAUCGGAGGCAGGAUGGUGGAGAGAACGGAGAGGGAAUGGAAAGGGGAAGGACAUGGAUAUGGAUUUGGAUGUGGAUAGAUGGGCUGAGGAGGAUGGGAAGACGGACGGGAAGGUUUAGUCUGAAGGUCCGUUGGCUUUUUAUUCGUUCUCAUUUAUUUGGAAAAGGGAGGUGGUGGUCCUUGUAACACGGCGGUGAGGGAACGGCCGUUUCGGGACCAUCGCUGCUGCUUCUUCUGCUUCUUCUUCUUCUUCUCGCUUCUUCUACUUCACCUUCUACAUUCUACAUCCUCGCAUCGCAUCGCAUCCCAUCGUCGUUUCCCACAAGGGCAGUUUCGGCCAUUGCACCGAGACGAGGAGUCGGUAGCAGCAGACC